GUCAUUCCGCGCACUGUGUGGCAACUGUGGUGCGGCUGCAGUUGGCGCCGGGGCUCUGGAGGCUGUGCAUGGCGCUGUGUGUGAGGAGGCUCCGCGGGCUGCCUUGGAGGAGCGGGGUUCGGGGAGCCGCUGGGAGAGUGCGGGAGGGCAGCAGGCUCCGUGACAUUGGUUUGCACCCGGUACUGAGCCAUUGCCCACGUUCUUCUGCUCCUCUCAGACGUCCUUUACCUGUGCCUCUAAGAACCACAAACGUUUCUUCGCGGGUCAAGCCAGGCGAUGCCAAGCUGUUUCCGCUUACAGUUACCAAAUUUCUUCUUGAAGAAUAUGGAUUAUUCCAUAUACAGGAAAGACGUAGAAUUUGUGAACAGCAUACUGCACAUUCGCACUCGUGGCCUUGUGCUCUACCAGCUGCUCCUGACCAUCUCCCGGUUCCUUUUCAUGAGUUACUUUUCCAAUUCACGCCUAUCGGUCCUGAAGUUGACCUGCCAUCCCGAGACUUGCAGUGUUCAGGCUCGUUGGUCAGUUUCUGGCCUUCCCUUACACACUCUUCUCUUCCAUUUCUACCAGACUGACAAGACUGAGCUGUACAAAAUUUACGAUGUGCAUUCAACAUUCUAUCUGGCUUCGGACGGUCGCAUAAGUCUACAUAAAAUGGAGCGGGUGAUGCCAUCUGAUCCCCUCACUCUACCCAAGAAGACGCUACUAACUGCCGCCCUUGUAGCGAUUGGUUUUGGAGAAGACCGUCCUGCUCUAAAUUUCCUUUCCUCCCCUAAAGCCUCACAUAAGCUCUGAUAAAGGCACCACCUACCCUUAUAUUGGUGUAUUUCUAAUAUUGGAUUAGUUCCUCCAAGCACCCAGUUGUUCAGACAAGUUCUUUAAUUUGUGGCACAUGAGUUAUCCGUUCGGUUCUUUAAAGAGUUACCUAAUGAAUAUUUAUAAGAAUGCCGCUUCCUUAUCCUCUGUGUGUGGCACUUGUGAGCGUUUAACUUAUGGGAACACAACGUACAUCCUUCAUAUACAAUUGGUUAUAGUGGAGACAUGUUUCCUUCAGUAAACUCCACCUAAAUUAAUAUAAAUUGCUGUGUACAUUGGUAACAUUUGGCCUCUUAAAAGUGUGGCAUUGUCAUGUCCUGUGCAGUUAAGUAAUGUGCAUGCCUUUUACCCUGUACGCAUGCGUCAGGAUUGCUGGGGAUUUUGCGCAUGCACAGUUCUUUUGUCAGAGUGUUUAAGGUAAUAGGACGAAACUCGACAUGGGAAUGACACACUUUGGAGCCUAUAUUUGACACAAAGAAGCAGAUUUUUAAACUAAAGUAUUCGGGAAUUAUUUAUGUAAAGUCUAUUAAAGGGAUAUGAUGCCCAAAUGUUGAAGCACUUGAAAGUGAUGCAGCAUAGCUGUAAAAAAGCUGACUAGAAAAUAUCACCUAAACAUCUCUAUGUAAAAAAGGAAGAUAUUUUACCUCAAAAUUUCCUAAGUAUUCACACCCCACUGUAAAGAGACUUUAAGCAGCCAAUCAGGAUGCUAGUCCCAGGACUUGCAAGGUAACGUGUAUCUGGCAUGUGCAGGCACAGUCAUGUUAUUUUCCUAUUUAGUUCAAGGAAGUUUACUAUGAAAACUCACAAGAUCACAAAAAACAAAGCAUGACCUCAGCACUGCUGUUGAGCUAUUUUUGUCCCCCCCAACUUGCAAGCUGGGCAGUAGCUGACAUAUAACUGUUUACUCAGCACUUAACUCUGGUGAGAUGAAGAAAUUGUGAGGUAAAAUAUCUUCCUUUUUUACAUAGAGAUGCUCAGGUGAUAUUUUCCUGUCAGCUUUUUACAGUUAUACUGCAUCAGUUUCAAGUGCUUCAACAUAUGAGUAUUAUGUCCCUUUAAUAGAAAAACAUUUCUGCACUAUAAUUUCUCUUCUAAUAUUGCUGCCCUAUUUAACAAUACAAGAGUAUUUACUAAGAGAGGUGUAGGAUUCUUUUACGAUACAAACGGCUGUUAUUCUAGACUUGGUCCUUAUAUCCCAUUUCUAUUUAUAGUCAUUUUGUCAGCCAUAAAACCUCCCACUUCCAUUGUACAAGGUAGUUCUUGCAUUACCUCUGUGUACCAACCGUGUAGGAGUUAGGUUAGUAUAUUGGCUGCUGAGAUACUUGGCUCUGCUCCAUUUGCACGCACAACUGUUCACCCGGCCUGUGGAUGUGUAACAUAUACUGUACAUAAUUAAAUUAUAACAAGAA